AAACACGAAAAAUGCCGGCAGUACUUUCCAAAAUCGAAAGGCCAGACGGAAAAAUACGGACCGUAUAAGGUUACGUUCAAGGAGACCAAACCUGACCCAUUUGAAUCGGUGAUGCAUACAGUGCUCGAAGUGGAUUCAAAAGGGCAGUCGAUGACCGUUAACCACUUCGCGUACUUGGUGUGGCCAGAUCAUACAGCACCCUUCAGUCCUGCACCAAUGGUCGGGUGUUUGAAGCUGUGCCGCCAACUUGCUUCCGGCCAACCAAUCACGGUGCACUGUUCGGCAGGCAUUGGAAGGUCAGCCACGUUUGUA